AUGCGCGUCGUCUACCCACACAUCGUCUUCGUCAUCUCCCUAGUAAUGACGACAGUGGCAGACGAAAUAUCAUUCACAGAAACCGAGAGGAUCUACAUUGAAUAUAUGAAUGAGAAAUUCUGCGGGCAGGACCGCAUGUGUUCGAAAUCCAACGUAACAAACAGUGGAUCUUGCCGCAUCUGUCCAGGUUGCCACUGCGAUGACCAGUGCGACAAAUAUGGCGACUGCUGUGCGGACAAAGCUCUGGAACAUUUGGGAACCCCAAAUUUUCACCCAUCCCGAUAUAGAUGCCAUAGCAAUGCCUUCAAACUCAUCUAUGACAAGAAAGCAGAGUUCGCUUUCCAUUCAAUCCAAAAAUGUUCCAUCACAACUGAUGAGGAGCUGGUGAAGCUUUGCGAAAAUCCGGACAUGAACAUCACUUCGUGGGUUCCUGUUGAGACAGAGACGGAGCUGUAUCGGAACCAGUUCUGUGCUGAAUGUAACGGUGCUACAGAGUACCGACUCUGGUCAAUCAAAGCCCAGUGUACCCAGCUUGUCUGGUUGAGGCCUGGUAUGACCUCCCAACAAAUCAUACAGACAUUCAUCGACGACAUCGGUUGCGCCAUCUUCCUGCACCCGCCAAAAGACACGAAUAUGAGGCCAUGUUACACGCCCGUUGAGGAGAUCACGUCGUCUUGUAACACCACAGGCAAAUGGCAGGAAUACAAUGCCACAACAGAAAAUAGCUGCCUUGGGUAUUCCGCCCCGAUUCACCUGUUCGGGAAUACCUAUCGGAAUGUCUUCUGCUAUAUGUGUAACCAUGGCGACCUUGACGAUAACUUCCUGCCAAUGCCCAGCUGUCCGUUCGACAUGCCCUACCCCUUCUCUGUAGUGAUGGAUCCCGAGGCCAUCAAGAUGCUGCAGCAUACGACAGCUCUGUCCUGUGAAUGUCCAGCGGGAACAAUAUAUAACAACAACACAGAGGAGUGUCGCCAGAUACAGUGCACGGGGGACCGCAUCCUCAGAGAUGACACCUGCUUCUCAGUCAUCAGGUCGGCGAAAGGAAUGGUGUACUACACAGAGGUACUCCUCAGACCCACGGCAAGCCUCGUGGUGAACGACAACAUCGAGACGUGGUUGACCACCACUGCAGGCCAACUCAAGGACCACCUUAAACCAGUGCUGGGCAUUGAUUCAUUCGGAUUUGGACUUUUUCGAUUCAAGGCUCAUGUCAAUAGAGAGUCGGAAACUUCUCCCAGCAGAGUUGAGUACAUUUCUGUCCACACAACAUUCCUGAUCAACUGGGAGAGCGAGAUUGACGAGAUGGAAUCCAAACUUCUGAAACUGCGUGAAUCGGUUUGGUCAGUGAAACUUGGCGUCUCUAAUGUCACAUUCAUGGCGGAGCCGGUUUGGACAGAUCCUGAUGACAACACCACCUACCCAAGGCUCACUACCGAUACCUUAGACGAGAAAACAUAUAUCUACACCCUUGACGUCGGUAGGAUCAUCGACUUCACAAAGAACAACAAGCCUCUUUACGUCGCAGCCACUCUACAGUGUCCCAGAGUGAAGGUCUUCCAAGAUGUCGAUUACACAUAUGAUGAGGUCACUAACACAAUGCAACGUGUUGGCUCCAAUGAAACCAUUGAUAUCAGUCAAUUUGAACCUUCCACUAAUCACACUGGUUAUGUCUGUUACACGGCGAUAUUUGACAAUGGAACAACCUGCGGAGGAUCUGUAACCCUUUCGUCAACCAGUGUGUCCUCGGGAACUCUCUUCUACGUUUCGAUGGUAUGUCUGACUCUCACCCUCAUCUGCCUCCUCCUGCUGACAUUCGUCGUUUACUGCAUCUACAAACCAUUGAGGACUCUUCCUGGUAAGAACAGAAUGGGACUCGUCUUCACACUGCUAGUAGCUCUAUUGCUGUACACACUGGGCAGUGCAAGAAUUGAACAACCGAAGAUGUGCAUGGUGACUGGAAUAGUAACGCAUUUCUUCCUUCUGAGUUCCUUCACGUGGAUGUCCAUCUGUACAGUCCACAUGUACGUCGUCUUCAAGAACCUCCUCCUAUCACGACAUGCCAGUUACAGCAACAGAAAAAGAUACGUCCUAUACGUCUUCGUCAGCAUUAUCAUCCCUGGUGCAAUCGUUGCUGGAACCGUGGCGGUCAACCAUAGGCUGAGUAAUGGUCAGGACAUGGGGUAUGGGUCAAGCAUUUGCUAUGUGUCCAACUUUUACUCUGUACUUUUCGCAGUCGGGGUCCCUGUUGCUAUCAUCAUGGCUAUCAAUGGGGUCUUUUUCGUGGCAACGGCUCUUACCAUGAGGAAACUGGCCAAGGAACAGCUUGAGCUGAAGAGCAAGAAGUCUAGCAUCAGUCUGUAUGCACAGCUUUCCAUUCUGACAGGAAUCACCUGGUUCUUUGCUCUUGUGUCUGUUCUGGUGGACUCAGAGAUCUAUAAGUACAUUUUCGUAAUAUUAUGCGUUGUUAAGGGCUUAUAUAUUUUCGUCUCGUUCGUGUGUACAAAGAGGGUCUUCGACUUAAUGAGGGGAUGCUGCACGGGCAGAUCACUACUUGAGUCAAGUUCCAUGGUGACUGAUGACAUUAAAAUGACAUUCAAUGGAAAAGGACAUGGCAUUGAGGAACUUGACGACGACAAAGCGACAGACUACGCAUCCAUUAAAGAAAUGAGAGAUCACGAAGAGUCUGAGGUCGCCAGUCAGGACGGCGUCGACAACGACAUGUACAAUACAAUCGGGGCUUACAAAGAUGACGACGAUGCUUCGAGACGUAUUUCCGAUUGUGAUACAUUGAAAGUCAAUUCCUCUUGUCGUGGUGCCGCCGAUACUGAACACGUCGUUGACAUGCACACACCCGCUGGUGACGAUGACCAUUACGGACUUUUGAUGAAUUCAACAACUAAGGAGAUUCGUAAUCCUUGUAAUGUUAUGUUUAACCCUGUGUUUCAGUAA